GAGAAUCCUGAGGAGACUGGUUGGAUGUGGGGUGGGUGAAAGAAGAAUCAAAGAGAAGGCUGAUAGCAAAACUAAUGGAAACAGGAUGCUGGGUGCAAAAUCCAGAUUGUUACAGGUGGGAUGGAGGAGAAAGAGGAAUGAGUAGGGUAGUGUGUGUGUUGAUUUGAGGUACUGCUCAGACAUCCAGGUGGAGGCAUGCAGUACACAGUUGUGUCUAAACCUUGGGAGGGCAGUCAGAGCUCAGGCAUCAUGGACCGGAGAGAUGCUAAGGAGGACAAGGCCUGAGAGGUGACCCCCAAAAAUGAUGACUGUCAGCUCACUGAUGGGCAGAAUCCAGAUAGCCAAGGCCUAAGUGGGCAGUGAGGGCUUGAAUCAUGCAGAAGGGGAUUGGUAGGGUCACCUGAGACAAUAGAAAACUUCUAAAAACUGAAGUCCUUGCACAAACAAAAGGAGUGUAUGUAGCUGCCCUUUUGACAGGUUUGUUGAAAUAAAUGGUACUCUCACAGGAAAAGACCAGGGAUCCACCCCCUCCUUACAGUAAACAGCUCUGUGCUCUUUUCAACUACCAUCCCUAAGGGUGGGUUGAUGGGACAGCACCCUCCCUGCCUCCUUUUGGGUAUAUGACCUCCAGGAAUGCAAGCUGAAUGGCUGGAUGUGGGAGGGGGCUGCCAUCUUUGACAACUGCUGGGCUGGGGUGGGCCAGCCAGAUCCUGCCAGGAUAGGUGUGAGGAGACAAGAGGAAAGAGCAUGGAGCAACCGGACUAGACUCAGGUAGUCCUAGGGUUGAAUCCUGUCUCUGUUACCACCUAGUUAAGCUAGUUUAACCUAGCUAGUUAAGCUAAACAAGCUAGUUUAAGUAAGUUAAAGUUACUUAACCCGGACACCCAGUUCCUCAUCUGUAAGAUAGAAACAAUUAUGUCUACCUUUCAAGGUGGUUUUGAGGAUUACAGACCAGUGUCUGGAACACAAUAGGUAAUCGUAAAUAGAUGCUAGAUGUGACUCAGCCGCUCACUGUGGGACCCAACGAACGGCUAACCGACAGGUCGGAGUCUCACCCUCGGGAUCUUAAAAGGCCGGGAGAGCUCCCGUGGCCUCCUCCCUCCAGGAGGUGGGGACUAGGUGGAGGAAGGGCUGCGGGAGGAGGAGCUGGCGCGUCGCGACCCGCCCCGUCCCAUCCAGUCUGGCCUGGGCGCCGAAGGAACUGCGGUCCUAGCCCCUGUCAUCCAGCGGCUUGUCCUGCGUGCCCCGAGCCCUGCCCGCACCCAGUUAUGACUCUGCGCCCCUCACUUCUCCCGCUCCGACUGCUGCUGCUGCUGCUGCUCAGGGGGGCGGUGUGCCGGGCGGAGGCUGGGUCCGAAACCGAAAGUCCCGUCCGGACCCUCCAAGUGGAGACCCUGGUGGAGCCCCCCGAGCCGUGUGCUGAGCCUGCUGCCUUUGGAGACACGCUUCACAUACACUACUCGGUCUGGAGCAGAGCCUUCUAGACAUGUGUGUGGGAGAGAAGCGAAGGGUAAUCAUUCCUUCUCACCUGGCCUAUGGAAAACGGGGAUUUCCACCAUCUAUCCCAGCGGAUGCAGAGCUGCAUUUUGACGUGGAACUGAUUGCACUGAUCCGAGCCAACUACUGGCAGAAGCUGGUGAAGGGCAUUUUGCCUCUGGUAGGCAUGGCCAUGGUGCCAGCCCUCCUGGGCCUUAUUGGCUAUCAUCUAUACAGAAAGGCCAGCAGUCCUAAAAUCUCCAAAAAGAAGCUCAAGGAAGAGAAACGAAACAAGAGCAAAAAGAAAUAAUAAACAAUUUUUAAAAAACUUUGCAUUCU